UGUAUAGACAAUUAAAGAAUGCCCGGGAAUCUUGAGUAGUCAGGUUUGAAGAUUUAUUGCCAAGGGUUUUUCCAUUUAAAUGAAGGAAAAUAAAAGAAAGAAAAGAAAGGUUUCAUUGUGAUGGUCGAAGUACUAGCAUGAAUAGUGACAUACAUGUAAAUUCAUAGAUUUGGUUACUUCAUACAAAGGUCUAAUGAUUGUUUUGGUCUGUAAAGAUCUUUUAUAUUAAGGGUGUGUCUUAGACGAUGAAAGAAUACCCGGGAUUCAAUAGAAUAGUUAGGUCUCUUGACCCAUAGAAAUCUUGAUGUAUUUUAUAUUAAGAGCAUGUAUUAUGUUUAGACAAUUAAAGAAUGCCCGGGAUUGAAAAAAAAAAAAAACACACAAAAAAAAACUCUACAGCGUCUUCCUCGGUCGGCUGUCGGCCUGCAUCUUCGAGUGGAGUGGGGAGGACCUCAGGCUCCUCAUGGAGGCAAAGAGAGCGGUACUCGAUGGACAGCACAUCUUGAAUCCAACAGACCAGUAUGUCAUCUCCAGCAUCUCACAGAAGGAGAUGGCCCGACACUGCAAGAGGAAGACCAGGGGAGCCGAAGAGACCACACGGCUCAUUGGAGACCUGAUUGAAGCCCUGGACAGAGAGCAGGGACUCGACACCAUUGGAGUGCCCCUGUUCGACCAUGAUCGCAUCUGGCACGAGUGGGACAAGCAGAACCACAUGGAAUGCAUCCACGGUCCAGAUGACAUCAAUCUCUGCACCAAGAUAUGCGAGAUGGUCAAAGGCGGAGUCACUCUCCCGGUCUUCAGGUGUGCGAGGGGAUCAACCUCAUGAGAGUCUUUCCACUUGCACAUCAAUACCUUCAUUCCAGGAACUCGUGCGAGUGGCGUCCGCUUCCAAGCCUCCCUAUUGGAAGAAGUAUCUCGCUGGAAUCAAGACCGGGCAGCACAAGCCGUAAACGUAAGGGCAGCGGACCCCGUGUGAACACCUACAGUGGUCUGCUGCGACAUGCAGCCAACGUUC